AUCUUUCAUCCUUUACAUACGUUCUAAAAUAUUCAACGUUUGUACGUCUGUAAUCUUCUGUUUGUGACGUUCUUCAAAACAUUAUCUUCCCAUAAUGGAAAAUGCAGGGGACAUUGAAAAUAAUAACGAAAAUCAGGGUCACAAUAACCCUCUGAUUGAAAUUCAUCAGGAACAAGUUGAAAUGAUCCCCGAAGACGAUGAACCAAUAGAAUUGGAGGAACCUUUGAAUAUAGAAGCACCUGAGGAAGCUGUAGCUCAUGUGAUCGAUAACGUUGAACCUCAAGUUCCGGAAAAUCCUCACAAAGACAAGAAUGGGCAUCACAUCGAAUCGAUACGACACUGCAAACAGAUCCCAGUGUGCAUAGUCAACGACAACCAAGACGUAAUGGAAUUCAUUCACGAGAAUAUCAGUGAAAACUUCUUCCCAAGCCACGGCAGCACCCUCAUCCACGUGGACGCCAAUCCAGACCUGCUGAUACCCAAAAACAUGCCAGCAGAGGAGUGUUUCAACUACAGAAGGCUCUACCUGAACCACAACUUCGACCGCUGGAUCCUGCCAAACUGCUUCAACAACGUCUUCGAGAAGGUGAUCUGGUUGAGACCACCCUGGUCCAACCACAUAAGAAACAGGAGCCAGACUUUCGAAAUCGGGAGACACAAGGAUACAGGUUAUUUAAACGUGAACUGCAAAGAGGAUUUCUUCAUUGUCGAGUGUCUUUUCGCUCCUACCAGCAAACUUGAGGACACCAAGACCGUUACUUUGGAGUGUGUAACUGUAGGCAACGAGCUGGCUGCUGCAAACGACGAUAUGGAGUUCUUGCAGAAGGUUGUGGGAGAUAAUCACACCAUUCCCACGGUGUUGGACAUCGACUUGGAGUUCUUCAUGACCAGAAACCCUUACUUGUUCAUCUACGAUAACACAAACGCCUAUGGGUUGUUGAGGAAUCUGUUUGAGUACACUCCACCAGCUUCGUACGCUGAUGAAGACAUAGUGGCUACUGUGGAAAAGAGAGCGGAAGACAUGAAGGAGAUAGCGUUGUUGUUCUUGGAAUUGUCAAAUAACCACAAGCUGCCCGAUCUGGGUUACAACCCCAUGAGUUUGAUCUACUAUAGAACCUCCUUGAUAUUAGAAGAGUUCCAGCGUCACAACUACCAAAUCGCAGAGAUAGAUUGGGAUAUGAUGUACGAUUGUGGACAUAGUUUUGGCGUACACGAUUUGCCUCACCAGGUGUCUACACACGCUGAGCUAGAUGUGCUGUUCAACGUUCUGGAGAAGUUCUUGGAUUCCCUCCAUGAGCCUCCUUCCAUCAUAACGGUCUCCAGGUCUGACCUGGAGAACUACGCGUACAUCGAAGCUAGGCUUCUGGCCCUGCUACACUCCAAGUUCAACUGUGCUGUUCCUUUGGCUUUCGAUCAAGGAAACAGCGUAGGCGUAAACGACAGUGUGACUGAAUCUAGCGAAGCAGCGGUCGAAGAAGAGGAGGAAGAAGACCUGAAUGGCCAACUAAUAGAUGAUUUUCUCGAUUUUCUCACGUUGGGUAAUGCACCGAACGAUAACGUUGAUGCGUUAAAUGCCAAUCUUCUAGUCGACGAUAACCAAGAUGAAGACAGUUCUGACCUUUGAAACUGUCAACGGUAUUGACAUUAUCGUUUGACAAAUGACAGAGGGCUUUGUCUUUCAUCAACUCCAAUUUUUUCGCGUGUUUUCAGUUGGAAAUGUGUGGAUCUUGAGGAAGUUGUUCAGCUGAAGAUGAUUUAAAUAUUCGUUUGAGAUGAAGUUAUGAAAUCUUUCAUAACAUACAGCUUCGCGUGGGUGUGUAUUGAAACAAAUAUCUGUGAUUUGAUCUUUUGUAAUUGAAUUUUGUAUUUGUAUAUUAUCUACUUUUAUUCAUUUUACUAUUUGUAAUGAAACGCAUUCAAGAAUUGCUUUUAAUGGC